AUUUCAGUAAGUUAGACUGACUUCCUGAUCAUCUGACUCGACGCACUGAAAUCGAAAGUAAAGAAUACAAGUGAAAGUAAAGUUGAUCCGAGGACAUUUCACGAACACGAGCGAAACCUCUAUAUUUGAGCUGAUUUAUGGCUAAAGGACAUGAUUGAUUUGGUUUAAUGUGAGAGCUGAAGAUGCGCGGAUCGAGCUGUGUUUUGAUGUCAGUGCUGCUGAUGAUCGCCGAUGGUUUGAUUGUAAAAGGCCCCUCUGGUCCUCUGGUUGCUCCUCUGGGAUCCUCCGUGGUUUUGCCCUGUUCUGUUGAUGAACUUUUAUCAGUGAAGGAUCUGGAAGUGGAAUGGAGAAGAACAGACUCUGAGACUUUAGUUCAUCUGUAUCAGGACGGUGAGAGUCGAACAGAAUCCCAGCAGCAGGAUUAUCAGGAUAGAGCUCAUUUCUUUACUGAUCAGAUUCAACAUGGAAACUUCUCCCUCCGGCUGGAUGAUCUGAGAGCUGAAGAUGAGGGACAGUAUAAAUGUAAAGUUUACAUUCAGCAAGAGUCUGGUGAGACUGUGGUUCAAAUAAAGUUUAAUGCUGAGCGUUUGCUAGUAUCAGGAUCAGAUCAGUACAUAUCUGCGUCUGUGGGUGAAGACGUCACUCUGAGCUGCUCUGUAGACUCCCACAUCCCACCUGGAGACUUUGAAGAGGUUACAUGGACGAAAACAGAUGAAGAUAUUCAGGUUCUACUCUACCAAGACAAUGAGACACAUUCAUCAAAUGAGCGAUAUAUAGACAGAGUUGAGCUCUUCCCUGCUGAAAUCCACAAAGGAAACUUCUCUCUCAGACUGAAGAGCGUCAGAACUGAAGAUAAAGGAGUUUACAUGUGUAAGGUGUUUGCUGGAGGACUUUCAGCCAAUACGACUGUAGUACUGGAGAGACUGGGUUUCUCAGUUGUACACAUAAUGAUGCUGAUUCUCUGUAUUUCUGCGUCUGGAUCUGCACUUCUGCUCUUCUGCCUGAUCUACUGCAGAUCUAAUAAUACAGACACAGUCUUUCGUCUUCAGAUGUUUCUCGUCUUCUGUCCAAAUGUUCUGAUGUUUCUAGCGUUUGUCCUCUGGGGUGUUUCUGAAGGGUCUCUGUUUGAGUGGGUCUCUUGUUGUGCUCUUUAUUUUCUGAGGCCUUUCAUGUUGCUCUGGACGGCUCCGUAUAUUAAUAACUUCACAGGCAACAUUAAAACAUGGGUUCAGAAUUACAGUUAUGAGGCAGAAUAUAUCGUUUUCUCUGCUGUUUUUUAUUCAGUUCUGUUUAAAUCUGCCCUGGACAAGAGUCUGAAUUACGCUGGAUUUGAAGGAGUCAUGAUUAUAGCUCUGUUUGUGAUUGUGAUUCUGUUCACCCUCCUCUAUAUUAUUUUCUUGUUGCUGAGAUUCACUGGUAAAGCAAGUCAGCGGAUGAUGACUAUAUUCAGGGUUCUGGCUGGAAUCAGUUUUGAUGUUCUGCCUUCACUUCAGUUCAUCCUCAUCUUCUACUCCUUUGGAUCGAUUAGAGGAGGAUUCAUCAUUGUUGCAGUUUUACCAGUGUUUACCACAGUGACGAGAUAUAACUGGAACGCAGUAUGUGGUCAACGGAUGGGCUGUUCACCUGCGCUCAUGAGAUCAGUGUGGUUAAUUCUCAUGAUGCUGAUCAAUGCUGUAUUGGUCUAUUUCUAUAUCACAGCUCUGGAAAAUGAAAAGGAUCGUGUCGGAUGGGUCUGUGUGAUUGUGUUUCUCCAGACGCUCUGGGCACUGGUCAACUUCACAUGGUCAUUUCAGUCAUGGGAUCCUCCUCGUUUCGCAGCUGUGUAUGUGUUUGGAUCAGUCGGUGUUGUGUUACUGAACUCUGUUGCUCUGAUGAUUGAACUGAUCCUCAAAACAGUUAAUGGUGAAGGAGCGAUGGGAGACAUGAGGAUCAGCGUCUUCUCCUCUGAAUUACUCUUCACUUUAAUUCUGAUGAUUUUAAUGGUAUUUGAACCCUGGAUCACACCAUGUCUGCAGUCUUGUACGAAGGCAAUGAAGUCUUGUCGAGCUGCAGAUGCUGGAUCACACAAUCAGGAAUCUCAGAAUGCAACAGCAGAUUCAGCCACUGGAUCGAACCAGAACCAGAACCAGAACCAGAACCCAGCAGAGUCACAUGAGAUGAAUCCUCUACUGAACACACAAAACCAGGAGAACAGCAGGAGCGACGGGACGGAGGAAGCUCAGCCGGAUUCAGUGGUUUCACAAUCAUAAUCCACAGUCAGAGAAAAACACUUGUGAGGGGCUUUCAUCUGAGAUUUAAGAGUUCAGUCUCAUUCUUCAUCUGUUAUUGAGGCCGUUAUUUAAUGUGUGCUUGCUCAAGAUAUAAGCAGGAUGUUUAA